AUGUCCUUGCCUCAGUUGGAUUUGAGCCUAUCGUUGUUCUCGAACCCAUCCUGUCAUCAGCCAACGUUCUUUGAUUCCAUGAACCUGUCUUAUGGUUUGGGUUUUGACACUAGUGGGUGCAGGAGUGAAGCGUUUGGCACAAAUGCGUCUCCACAGGAAAUCUUUGGCCACCAAGAUCUUGCUUACAUGGAGAAUGGACUUCACGGUGUAGAAGCGCAACCAAUGUCACUUGGCAGAGACACUCCAAACAGCCCACCGAUCAAGAUCGAGAGCGUGUCUCAAAUGCUGGAUGAUGACGAUCGUUACCGUGAGCAGGUGCGAGGAGGACAGCUUCCGGUCUCUCAAAAGGAGAAGGACAUUGGCACGGAUGUCGAUACUCUCAUGCGAGCUAUACAGACGAAGGCAACAUUGCCAGUGCAUAAAAUACAACCACCAAGGGUCUAUGAUCACAACAUUCGAGAUUCCAGUGACGAUUCGGUCUCGUCCGCUGUGAACCACGGCAUUCCCAACGAAUCCAAGUCGAAAAGAAGGUACCCCUGCAGGAUUUCAUCGUGUGCUAAAGUCUUUACCCAAAAGACCCAUCUUGAGAUCCAUAUGCGAGCACAUACUGGGCACAAGCCAUAUAUCUGCAAAGAAACGACGUGUAGACAACGCUUUUCGCAACUAGGCAACCUCAAGACUCAUGAACGCCGUCACACUGGGGAGCGCCCGUACUCUUGUGAUCUCUGCGGCAGAAGAUUUGCCCAGCGUGGCAAUGUCCAGGCGCAUAGGAUAGUGCAUGAAAGAGUCAAGCCCUACAGCUGUAGGCUUGAAGGCUGCGCGAAGAGGUUUACGCAGUUGGGAAAUCUGAAGUCUCAUCAGAACAAAUUUCAUGCCGACACGCUACGCAUCCUUACGUUAAGGUUUGCAUCGAUUGAUAUGGAAGACGAAGUCUCCGAGUCGGAUAGAGAGCUGUGGGACUACUUCUCUACCCUCUACAAGAACAGUAACAAGGGUAUCAAGGGCCGUGGUAAGGACCGUCGGAUCAAACCUCUAUCUGGUGACAGCAAAGGCUUGAAGGUUGAAAGAGUGAAGCGCAAUGGAGAACGAUGA